GGAGACAGUAUGUACCUCCUAGGAGGUAAUGAAUGGAAGCUUUUCCUUGCCCGCACUGCAACUCCUGCAAUGGCCUCUGCUGCUGCUGCUGCUGCUGCUGCUGCUGCUUAUCUUUGCCCUCGUUGGCGCUCCGACAGAAUGACCGACGUGACGUUGAUUCGCUCUACCUCCUACUACUGUCUUCCUAUCAACCCGGUGCCACUCCUUCCGUACCUACUUACCUACAGUACCUUAUGUACCUACAGUGAGGUAGUAAGGUAGUACCGGGCCAGUGGCAGUGGCAGUGGCAGAGAGGAGACUACCACCUUACCACCUUACCACCUCCACCCUACCAGGUCCCUCCCAAUCCCCUCGACAUCUACCCGACCUCACCGGACCGGUCCUGUCCUGUCCUGUCCUGUCUGGACUCUGGAGUCUCGCGUGCACGGUGGUUUCCGCGCACAUGCCACUUACAUGUACUCCCGGUCGAAUAUGACACACUCCCACUGCUAGUUGAUGCUGCUGGUCCACUGCUGGCCCACCGCUACUCAAAACCCACUCCAUCGCCCGACUCGACAAGCUUGUUCCUUCUCACUAUUCUCACUACGACUGUCAACACUGAACUCUUCCACCUCCCACUGACCACCGACCACCCACCAUUUCCCCUCCUCUCCAUCUCGCUGUCGGCUCAUAUCGCGCUUGUAUUGGACCAUGUCUGCUGGCGUGACUGAGUAUGGCGCCGUCCGCAGCAAUGGGGGCUAUCGCGGGGAGAAGCCAUUGAGCGACGAGGCAAGCGGGAGCAGCAUGGCAAAGGAUGCUGAGAAGAUUGACCCCGAGAACCAACUGGGCGCCGUCGUGACCCUCGCGGAAGGCGAAGACAAGUUCAAACGACUCAGCUGGCAACGACUCACCAUCUGUCUGAUUGUGGAAGCCAUCGCCCUCGGCUCCCUCUCUGUCCCUUCAGCUUUCGCCACUCUGGGUAUGGUUCCGGGUGUCAUCAUGUGUGUUGGUCUCGGUCUCAUCGCCAUCUACACCUCCUAUGUCGUCGGACAGGUCAAGCUGAAGUACCCUCACGUCAACGAUUAUGCCGAAGCUGUCCGGUUGAUCUGGGGACGCUUCGGCUACUGGCUGACCGCUGUCAUGUUUGUGCUCUUCCUGGUGCUGCUGGUCGGCUCGCACGCCCUGACGGGUACCAUUGCAUUCAUCCGCAUUGUCAACGAACCCACCAUUUGCGCACUGGUCUGGUCCAUUAUUUCCGCCAUUAUCCUGUUCGUCGUGGCCUUGCCUCCCACCUUCCAUGAUGUCGCCAUUCUCGGCUACAUUGACUUUGUCUCCAUCAUUGCUGCCAUCCUCAUCACCAUCAUCGCCACUGGUGUCGAAGCACACCAGGCUCCCGGAGGCCUCUCCGCCGUGGACUGGCAGCUCUGGCCAGAAGAGGGUACCACCUUCUAUGCUGCCUUCCUGUCCACUACCAACAUUAUUUUCGCAUACUCCUUUGCCGUCUGCCAAUUCAGUUUCAUGUCGGAGAUGCACACUCCCAAGGACUUCGUCAAAUCCAUCUGGGCUCUGGGACUGAUUGAAAUCUUCAUCUACACCCUGACUGGCGCUCUCAUCUACGCAUUCGUCGGCUCGGCGGUCAAGUCUCCCGCUCUGCUCUCGGCCGGAUUCACCGUCUCCCGCGUCGCAUUCGGCAUCGCGCUCCCCGUCAUCUUCAUUUCCGGAAGUAUCAACGGCACCGUCGUGGGCCGAUACAUUAUGGACCUGGCGUUCAAGAACCAGCUCGACAUCAAGUACAUGAGAAACAAGAAGGCGUGGUGGAUCUGGAUUGCUCUCAUCGCCGUCAUUACCAUUAUUGGCUGGAUCAUUGCCGAGGCCAUUCCCUUCUUCAACGCCUUGCUCGGUCUCAUCUCCUCGCUCUUCAUCUCCGGCUUCACCUUUUACUUUCCCGCUCUGUUCUGGUUCCAGCUCAUCAAAGAGGGCAAAUGGCAUCGGGGCUGGAAGAACAUUACUCUCAGCAUCAUCAAUGCGCUGGUCCUUGUCAUUGGAGGCAUCGUGCUUGUUGCAGGAACAUAUGCCAGUGUGCAAGACAUUAUCAACCAGUACAAUUCUGGUAAUGUGAGAGGAAGUUUCACAUGUGACUCUUCAUCGUACUCGUAGACCACUUGAGGUUCGGCUCGAGAGAAUCCGACGGAACAGAAAGAAAAAAAAAAAGGCAUGGCGAUGGCGCUGUGAUGGUCGGGUGCUCAUUGGGAAAAGAGGCAUUUCACGUUCUUGGACAUAGUUGAGAGGAAGAAAAAGUUGCACUGUACAUAACGAAAUGACUAUGAAUGAUACAUCAACACUGAUGCGCAUCAGCAUGCUCCCGUACAUGCAGCCUGUAUGACUUGCUACAGGCCACAGAGGUAGGAUACCCUUGAUACAUGUCUUUGCCUCUUCUCCAGCAUCUGCCAUAGAGCCAUAGAGGAAGGAAGCACAAUAGGUACUUAGCUAUAUAGCAACAAUAAUCACACUG